AUGUCUCCCGACGUUCGGAAAAGUGGACCACCAGAGAGUCUGAGCUCGGCUUCCUCGGACAACAACAUCUCCACAUUACCACCUCCAAAACUUCCAGCCCUUUUCAAAUUGGCUGACAAAUUCAAUAUCCAAAGGCAUCUGGUGGCUUGUGUGAUGUGCGAAUUCUUCUGUAGCUUCUUUCUUAUGGUGAGUUACUGUACUUGGCAUAUGCUAAAAUAUAUAUUGAUACCUUUUCGUGUCUUACGAAUGUACUUAUAGUGUAAUUUCAGUACGGUGGCUCAGCGAUCAGUCUAGUCCAAACUAUCCAAAGCCGAACCUCUGGAGAAAACAAUCAUCCCUACGGGAUAGCCGUUGGAUGGGGAUUGUGGCUUCUGCUCGCCAAUUACAUUGGCUCUCAGAUCUCUGGACCCCACAUGAAUCCGGCCUUUUCUUUGUUGUUCUACUGGGUCGGGCAGAUUGAAUUCAAAAGGGUCAUCUACUAUUCGAUCGCCCAAUUCUUCGGAUUUUUUGCUGGAUCACUCCUAUGUUUCUUGGUCUACUUUGGUAAGCUUUUUAAAAAUUGAUUUUCAAAUUUAUAUAUCUUUUAUGGGGUUACCGUAACUAUUUUUAAUUUUACUAAUAUUGGCUUAGGAAUCGACCUUUAAGUCGAACCGUGAAAUUCACGUGUUUUGAGGGUACGGUUGACCUUCUGUUCCCAAUUCUCUCUUCACCGGGCUAGUCUUAACAGAUCCCAGAUCAGUUCAAGCCUCGAGUGCACUCCAAUAUUUUGUGAACUGUUUUCGAAUGUAAAAUCCCCUCAAAAGCCCUAAAGAACUGUUUGAUACAGGUCAGGCGGAGAGCUUGUUUACAUAACCAUUGUCAAGUACAAGUUAAACUCACUGAAGGUACAGUUAAUACUUUGCAAAAGGUAGAAGGGAACACGUGAUUCGGGGGGAGAAUGGAGUGCAUACGCACCAAGUCGACAGUGUAAUGGUAUCACAAUAAAGUUUAAAAGUUAUUUAUGAUCCUUUGCAACAUAUAAAAUAAAUUGUUAUCUUGAGUAUAACAGUUUCAUUUUCAGAUGCCAUUUCUGAUUACGAUGGAGGGAUCCGGCAAGUGGAUGGCCCGAAUGGAACUGCUGGGGCCUUUGCCACCUAUCCCCGACCUUAUCUCUCAAUUAUCGGAGCGUUUAUGGAUCAAUUAUUGACCACGGGAAUGCUUGCUUUGAUUGUUUUGGCUGUUUCUGAUGAUCGAAACAAGGUUCCAAAAGGAGCUAGACCAGCGAUUGUAGGCAUUGGGCUGUGGUGUAUUGUGUCGAUGUGGUCUCACAAUUGUGGAGCUGCUCUGAAUCCAGCACGUGACUUUGGGCCUCGUUUUAUGACGUUGGUCGUUGGAUAUGGAUGGGGCGUUAUCAGGUAAAAUUACAUUUUGAUUUAUGAGGGGUUUUCUGACGAUUUAAAAUUAUUUCCAAUAGUUGAUAAGUUCAAGUGACGAAAUUUCAAUGUUGUUUUUUGGUCCGGGAAUUCCUCGGGGGAUUAUGAAAUUAAUUAUAAAUAAAAAAUAACCGGAAAUUCUAUGAUAACAAUGCUGGGUCAACAUGAGUAAACUCACUUGCAAAAUGUUGCAUCCGGUUUGAGAGCCUGACGAUUAUCUUGUUUAUUACUUGGGAUACGGUAGUUCUAAAAUAAGGAGAUUACGGUAAGGAGAUUAAAAAAGCGAUUGGAACAAGAGAAUUUUGAGUUAAGGAGCACUGAGACUAUAUAAUCUCUUGUCUAGACUACGUUCUAACGGAUUCAGGCGGAAGGGUUUUAGUAUUUUGCCUCUUUUUGAUUAGUCACAGAAAACCAAAAAUUGAUUUUCUCCGUGUAUACUUUUCUGUUGAUAACGUGGAAUUUUUGACGGUGUAGAAAAUAAAAAAUGGACAAAACCUUCUCUUUGCUGCUCGAAAAAGGAAUUGAUAAUCGAGGGAAAUCGUAAAUUCUCACUUAUGGGGGCUCCUACUUUUUGACGGGACAUAUCUCAAAAAAUCAGAAAAAAUGUGCUGAUCAAGGAUAUAUAAAUCUUAGCUGCCCAUUUUAGGUUUUUAGGGGUGAAAACUCAAUCGGAAGUUGACUUAAAGUCCUAUAUGAACCCCUUUUCGCUUAAUUUUUCACAGGUUUACAAUUUUCAUUUUGGCUUAAAAUGAUGUUUAUUGAGUUUCUAAGACUUAAAAAAUCAGUCUUGGCACAAAAAUUUAUUUUUCCGACCUUCAACUUCAAAAAAAGUUGAUUCGGCCCAAAAGGGAAAUCGAACCCGUGCGGCCUUCCCGCUUUGGAUUCCCAGACUACGGCACUAGCCACUCGGCCACCCCGCUCUCUUCCGAAGGAAGAGACCGACUGCGCUUUUUAUCGUUUCGAAUGCCUGCGCCAUUUGUAGGAAAAUUAAGCCAGUUUUUGGGCAUUUUCACCCCUAAAAGCCUAAAAUGGGCAGCUAAGAUUUAUAUAUUCUUGAUCAGCACAUUUUUUCUGAUUUUUUGAGAUAUGUCCCGUCAAAAAGUAGGAGCCCCCAUAAAAGUACUUUCCUUGUCAAACAAGCAUGGCUUUGAAAGAAAUCAACAAAAGACCAUAAAGAAUAUAAACUUUUGGAAAUUAACCAAUAUUGAAUAUAAAAAUUGGGAAGACCGUAAAUGAACAGUAAAAUCCGUCCUUAAGGCAGUAUUUUUUUCAGCUACAACAACUACACCUGGUUCUGGAUCCCCAUCGUGGCUCCGAUGUUUGGCUCCAUCCUCGGCUAUUAUGUUUACAACUUUUUCCUGGGAGAAAUGUUGAUGGUCAAUGAUCUGCCACCAGUAAAAUCCGAGCGACAACUUGCUGGAGUUUCUUCUUCAACCGAUCUUCGAAUGACUUCGUCGGAUUCCGUCAGAAAACCUUACGUCCCGGCCUAA